UCUCGCGCCGAGCUCUAAUGACCCCAGGCGUUUCGCCCGUAUUAAAUCAUAAAUACCCUAAUACUCGAUACUCGAUAACCGAUACUCGAUACCCGUGUACCCGAGUACCGAAACAGGCGCAGUGGGGCCACGCAAAAUGAACCCAAACUGCGGAUACCGGCUGUGAUUAUUAUUCGUACAAAAUGUAACCGGAGUAAUAUGGAAGGACCCCAACGCUCAAUGAUGCAAUUAUGAAAAUACCUCUCCGUUUCAAGACAAGAUCGAAUCAUGACGUCAUUCAUAUUUUUUCAUUACUACUGGUUCUACCCCCGGUUUUUCGAGCUCAAAAUACCCUGGACUGUAACGAAAUUCUGAAGAACGCGUGCUCCUGCUACAACUUCGAAAAUGCCGUUUACCUAGAUUGCCAAGAUAGAUCCGUAAAAGAUAUAAAAUAUGCCCUCAAGAGUAUUACGAAUGUACAUACUUUAUCUAUUUAUGAUCUAGAUGACAGUGAAGAUGCUUUGGGACCACAUUUUAUACCACAAGGUGCUUGCAUUAAGCAUAUACAUAUAUCGAGAACGAGCAUAAAAACGAUCGAUGACGAGACGUUCAUGCCGCUGAGAAAGUGCCUCGAGACGUUAAGCAUUAUUUCGAGCAAAAUUAAAUUCAUACCGCAAAAAGCUUUAGCUGGCCUCCUCGAGCUUACAUCUGUCGAGAUAGCCUCAAACUACGUCGAAGAAAUUUCAAGUUACAGCUUUUACGGCCUGCCCCUAGUAAAAUUAAAUUUAAAAGGAAAUUUAAUAAGACAUAUUUCGGACACGGCGUUUGCAGGCUUAGAGAGCUCAUUGUUUGAAAUUGACUUAAGUGAAAAUAAUCUAACCUCAUUUCCCGUUAGUUCUAUUGCCGAUUUAAAACAACUUCGUUCAUUGCGCCUCUCCUGGAACGAAAUAUAUUCAUUGCCAAACGAUGACAUCACGGGUCCCUUGCUUUUAGAGUCCUUAGACUUGAACUCGAAUAAUUUCGUAUUUAUUUCGGAAGACUGCCUUAAAUUUAGUCCGUCCCUACGAGUUUUAUCUUUUCAUUUUAAUUUCAUUAACAAUAUUCAUUAUCGCGCUUUUUAUUCGUUGAUAAAUCUACGGUCGCUAGAUUUGAGUCACAAUAGGAUAAAAAUUCUCAACACUAACCUCUUUCAGAAUAAUAAAAUGUUAGAAUUCAUAGAUUUAAGUCAUAAUCAUAUUCAUCACAUUCAUGGACUGCUUUGUAACAUGCCGUCAUUGACAAAAAUAAUGUUAAGUAGCAAUAACAUACUCGAAGUGCCAAUAGAUUCUUUUAUAAAUUCUAGUAAAAUUAGUGUUAUACAUUUAGAUAAAAACUGCAUCAACGCCAUUCAUAGUGAGAGCUUUAGUGAUUUAGUAAAUUUAGAAGAGUUACAAUUGGAUUUUAACUAUUUGGAUGACGUGCCACAUAAUACGUUUAAUAGGAAUAAAAAUUUAACAAAAUUAAGACUAGACAAUAAUUAUUUUAGUAAAUUAAACAAUGAAACAUUCGCCACCCUCGUUAACCUAAAAUAUGUUAGGCUAAAUAACAAUAAGCUCAAUCAUUUAACGCGACAAGUAUUUCGUAAUGUCAUAAAAGCUGAAGAAAUUUAUUUAAACCAUAACCAAAUCGCACAUAUAGAGCCCGGAACUUUUGUAAAAAUGAGACAUUUAAAAUAUAUAUCAUUGAACAAUAAUAACCUAUUAGACCUAAAUGAAGUUCUUCCAAAAAUUAAUUCGAAUUUACACUUACUAUACCUCAGCUUUAAUCGUUUGACAUCGGUCAAUAAUAUCAUGCUAGAAUAUCAUAUUAAAUUACAACAGCUAAGUUUGAACAAUAAUCAGGUCAAGUUUAUAACAAAGAAAACUUUUAACAACUUGACGUUCCUCACGCGACUAGAACUGCCUCAUAAUGAAAUAUCCGUCAUUGAAGAUUUCUCAUUCCAACGCCUUAACUCAGCUCGGUACUUGUAUUUGCAAUACAAUUCACUUAGGAAUAUUACGAGUUAUACUUUUUUUGGUCUCACUGAAUUAGAAGAACUCGAUAUUUCUUAUAAUAAUAUAGAAUUUAUUUUUGAUAUGGCAUACGAUACUUUGAAGAAACUUAGAACUAUAAACCUAUCUUUCAACCGCUUGAAAAUCUUGUACAAAAAUAUUUUCAAACAUGGCCUGCCGUUGAGUUCUUUGUACAUAGACAGUUGUGGAGUAGAACGUAUAGAAAAUGGUACAUUUGAAGGCUUAACUAAUCUUAAAUCUCUUUCGCUAAAGAACAACUCGUUAAAGUCAACAGAUUUUUUAACUCUCGAUAUACCAGGAUUAAAAUUUUUGACAUUGUCCUACAAUAUACUGGAUUAUUUACCGGUGGACACAUUCACACAACUCCCACUUUUAGAAGUACUAUAUUUGGAACAUUGUAACAUAGAUCAAAUCGUGGAAGGAACUUUUGCAAACAACAAAAACUUACAUAAACUAAACUUAGCUCAGAACAUAAUGAACAAUUUUCCAGCUACAUCGUUCGGUCUAUAUAAUUCAAUUUCAGAUUUUAAUAUCAGUAAUAAUUUCUUAGACGUCGUUCCGUAUAGUACAUUUCAUAACUUUACUUUCAUAGAGACUAUAGAUGUCUCGGAAAAUUUGUUACCAAAAAUAGAAUUAAGUGGUUUCGAAAAGCUUAAUAAAUUAAAGACGUUAAUUUUAAGAAAAAAUGAAAUAACAAGCAUAACUUGUGGUAAGAAAAUAUCUUUUAAAUCUCUCAUAUCUUUCGACAUCAGUUACAAUAGGUUAACGUAUUUACCUGUAUUUAUUUUUGAAACAUUUCCAAACGUCCAAAAUAUCAAUAUCUCUUAUAACGAAAUUGUACACUUUGAUUUUAUGCUUAUCCACAAAAAUGCCGGAAUAUCACUCAUGAAUAUAGAUCUUAGCAAAAAUCCCGCGACAAUAUGGCCAACCAACACUAAUAUAAAUACAAACACAGUGACGUCAAGUUUAUACGAACUUCAUAUUUCCUAUACUAAUCUAACUUACAUAGAAGAUACGACGUUUGAAAAUUUCAGAAAUUUGCAGCACUUGUACUUAAAAUAUAAUAAAAUACGCCGCAUGUCAGUCAGUCCAUUUUCAAAACUAUCCUUACUAGAAAAUAUCGACAUUAGCUUUAAUAGAAUAACACAUUUAAAAGCAAGUAAUUUUCGAGGUCUUAUCAAACUUAAUACUCUUUGCCUUUCAAAUAACAACAUUGAAUCAAUGGAAUCGUUCGAUGAAGAUUUAGGUAGCUUAAAACUAUUAGACCUUGCACAAAACAAACUACAAAACAUUCUCAGUGAGCACUUUAUACAUUUAAAGGAAUUAACAGUUUUAUAUUUGGCUCACAAUAAUAUUAAAUACAUAUCGGCGACAUCCUUCAAAAAUCUAGAUAAAAUUAUUCAAAUUGAUUUGGGCUACAAUAAAAUCCAAACGAUACCCAUAGAGCUGUUAUCAUCAGUAGAAAAUCAUAUACAAGAUAUAUCCAUAAAAGGAAAUGUGAUUGAGUGUCGAUGUCAAAAAAAUAACACUUGGACCUGGAUACAAGAUCAUCCAAAAAUAAUCAAGCCACAUUCAGUUCUCUGCUUCAACGAUGAGUACCCGAAAGAUAAAUGUAAUUUUCCAAUAAUAGCUCAACUCUCCGUCGACAAACACAACGAUAACUCCGUGUCUGUGUCUUGGUUCAUCAGAAACCGUACAGCAAUCAAAGCAUUACAGAUUCUUUACUACGAUGAUGCGAAAGAUACAAAGGUACAUUUUAAAUACAUUGAAAAGAGUGAACUGUCUACAAAGAUAUUUGAUUUAAAACCGAAUAAUAACUAUGUGGUAUGCUUGCUCACCAUAAACGAUGAAUUCACUCCCAACAUGGAUGAAAUAGAGGAACUAUUUCAACAGAAGAAUUUCAACGACUCUGCAACAAAUACCACGACUAAAUUAGAUCGUAACUUCGCUGCUACUCUCAUUGCACAGUCUCCAUCUAGUGAAUGUAUCACAUUCGACACACUCAGAAAAGCAUCGACCAUAAAGAAGAAAUCUAGCAAAGAUACAAAACAUUCUUCCAUUUUUAAUCGUAGAACUGGUUUGAUCGUUGGGUGCUGCCUAGGUUUUGUUGUUUUCUUUGUUAUGGUUUCAGUUUUGUUGUAUACUAAGUUCAAAGAGCGAAAGAGAAUAGAAAAGUCAGACCCAGCGUGGUCCGAAAUGAACGAUUACCAUUCCGUACAUAGCAAAGAAGAUAUUUUGAACUCGACGACAGCCUCAACUGAUAACAUUCUUUUAGGAAUUACUAAAAAUCGGAAUACAUCGAUAGUAGAAAAUAAAUAAAUUGCUCAGUUUAGUGAAAGUCGUUUGAAGCUCUGUAGAUAGUGUAGCUAAUUUGAUAAUUAAAACGCUUGCACCAAAAUAUGAUAGAAUAACUAGACUUUUAAAAUUGUUGAUCACAAUAUUAAAUGUAUUUCACAAAGCAAAAAAAAAAAAGUUUUAGUGUAACAGAAAUUGGAAGCGAAAGGAUGCCCCAACAUUUAUAAUAUAUUUUUAUGUGUUGUCAUUUGCCAUUGUAUUGAUAUUCAAUAUUGUAUCUAUUUGACGAAUGCAAAAUCAUUUCGCUUCCAAAUUUACAUUUUAUUCAAUCCUUAAAAGUCAGUUUAAAUAAAUAGAAUGCUGAAUAAAAAAUAAUGCUUUUGUUUGGUGGCUGAAUUAUGAAAAGUAGUCAAUAGAAUUAUGUAGUUGUUAUAUUUAUAUGAAAAGAGAUUUUUA